AUGGUUUUUCCUCCGGGAAACUUUGAUGAGGAAACUGUGAUCGGUAGACGAAGAUGGAAGCAAGCACAAAUACUUGCUACACACUUCUGGAAUCGGUGGAUUGAAGAAUAUUUGACAACGUUGCAUGUUCGUCAAAGAUGGCUGAAAAGUCAACGUAGUGUUCGUGUUGGAGAUCUAGUUCUGGUCAGCGAUAAAAGAAUACCGAGAGGUCUAUGGCCAAUAGCUUUGAUAACAAGGGUAUUCCCUGGUCCAGAUGGUAAAAUAAGAACCGUUGAACUUAAGACAAAGGACUCGGUAUAUGUAAGACCUAUUGUAAAGAUAUGUCUUCUUGAAGAAAAUGAGUCAUAG